CCGGUCCCCGGCUGCGCCCCGGCGCUCGAGCGGGGGCGGCGGCCUGGGCGGUGCCUACGCCGAGGUGAGUGCGGGGGCGCGGAGCGGGGCGCAGCCGCGGCGCGGGCGUGGGCGGGCAGAGGUGAUAGCGAGCGCCUGCGGCUCCAGGUGCGGGGGCGCCCCUCGCGCUCCACCUGCGCCGCCGCCGCCGGCUUUCAGGGCAAGUUUAUCUCCCCCUUUCUGCGGAAACCCUUGACCGCUUAGCGGAGUACAGACCUGUCGGUAAAUAGAAAACUCGAGCUGGAGAGGAGGAGGAAGCAGCGUGGCGGAACCUGGCCCGAGAUGAGCGUCUCCGUGAGGGCAGUGGUGGCCUCUUGGACAUUACAUCUUUCUUGGCUCUUUUUGACCCAGGUUUCCACAGCUGGAUUGUUUACUAGGGCCAGUUGUCACCAAUGGCAGUAAAACUCAUUUUCUGGGGAGCAGGGUCUCACGGACUGAUUGGCUCUCAUUCAGCAGGAACCUAACAGAUAAGUCUUCCUGCUGUAUAUCAAGACAAUGCUUGGUUUUCAAGCUGUUCUGAGAAUGAUUAAAGCAGUGUCACAAGGUGACAUUGUCAGGGGAGAACAAGCAGCUUGAGAAUUUCCUCUUAAUCUGAUUGCAGCUUGAAGGCAGCCCAUUUCCAUUAAGUAGGACUGCAUGGCAAGCAGCCCCACCAAAGGGUUGACAAUGAGCGUCCCAGUGGCUCCUAAGAAAUCAUGUUAUACUCAGCUGCAGGACAACAGAAAUGCAGCAAGAAAUAAUAAUGAGAGCAUCCUAAGUCUGGGAGAUACGAAUGCCAAUCAAAUCAUGUUGGAGGUCAGCUCCUCUCAUGACGAAUCCAAGACAUGUGACCUGGAAGAUGAAAUUGGAAAUACAAAUUCAAGUGAGCCAGAAAACCGUACCCAUUUCCAUAAGGAAUUUCACCAACUUCAGGGCUUUGGGAAAGGCUCUCAGGCUGGCUCUGCCAGCCUGAAAGAUUUUAGACUUUCUUCAACCAUUCAGAGGGAACUCAAUGAAGAGCACACAGUGGAGAGAGGCACAGAUAGUCUGCAGACCCCGCGGAGUAUUCAGGGACCAAGUCUGUUGAGUUGGAGGAAUGUGAUGGGUGAGGCCAGUCUAGAUGUUUUGGCUAAAAGGGAUGCUGAAAUUCCCCGGCAUGUUCCCAAGGAUAAAUUGGCAAAGACCCUUGACAAUGAGGAACUGAGGAGGCAUUCUUUGGAAAGAGCAAGCAGCUCUGUAGCUGCAGUCGGGAGCCUGACUCCGCAGCAUCCACAGCCUGUACCCCUCGACUCCCAGGAAGCACGGGGUCAGGUGCCUGGGGGCGGGGAGGGGCCAAAGAAGACAUUGACAGACCAGGCUGUCCCGGCAGCUUUCCCUGCAACUGACAGCACCUCAGAGGGAAAGAGUGUGCGUCAUCCUAAACCAUCUACCUCAGAAAGCAAGCAGAGCACCCCCUCAGAGACCCAAACAGUGGGGGUACAUGUACUGCAGGUGUGCAGUGAGCACACAUCACAUUCCGCCCAUCCAGAGCCUGCUCUGAAUUUGACUUCGGCAUCGAAGGAAAUCCUGAGUAAGCCGGAAGCACAAUUAGGUCAGGGAAAGGGAGAGGUCAAGCUGGAUCUGAAAUAUGUUCCACCCAGGAGGGUUGAACAGGAGGGAAAGGCAGCCCAGGAAGGGUAUCUGGGAUGCCACAAGGAAGAGAAUCUGUCAGCCUUGGAGGGAAGGGAUCCAUGUGGGGAAGCACACCCGGAAGCCACCGAUGCACUUGGCGGUCUGCUGAACAGUGACCUCCACCACCUUGGGGUGGGAAGAGGCAGCUGUGAAGAGAAGAGAGGAGUCAACCCAGGGGAGCAGGAUUCUCUCCACACCACCCCCAAACAGGGCUCUGCUUCCUUAGGAGGGGCUGAUAAUCAGCCCACUGGCAAAAUUUCACCAUGUGCAGGUGGGAAGUUGGGUGAAAGGACAUCCAGCGGCUUUUCACCAGGUGACAGUCACAUGGCUUUUAUUCCUAAUAAUCUGACUGACAGCAAGCCCUUGGAUGUCAUUGAGGAGGAAAGGCGGUUGGGCAGUGGGAAUGAGGACAGUGUUAUGCUUUUGGCGUUCAGUCCUUCUGUUGGAGAGAACAAGACGGAGGUGCCUGAGCCCCUGGACCCUCAAAGUGGCAGCUCAGAAGCACGGGAAAGCAAAGAGGUCACCACAGCUGUUGCUGAAAACAGGAACCUUCUAGAGAAUGCAGAUAAGAUUGAAAGCACCUCAGCAAAAGCAGAUUCAGUUCUCAAUAUUCCAGCACCCCUCCACCCAGAGACAACUGUGAACAUGACCCACCAGCCUACAACACCCAGUAGCAGUUUUCAGGAUGUUAGCGUGUUCGGUAUGGACGCGGGGUCCCCCUUGGUGGUUCCACCCCCUACUGAUAGUGCACGCUUGUUGAACACGUCCCCCAAAGUGCCUGACAAGAACACCUGCCCCAGUGGGAUCCCCAAGCCUGUCUUCACACAUUCCAAGGACACAACUUCCUCACAGGAGGGAAUGGAGAACUAUCAGGUUGAAAAAACAGAGGAGAGGACAGAAACCAAGCCCAUCAUUAUGCCCAAGCCCAAGCAUGUGAGGCCCAAGAUCAUCACCUACAUCAGGAGGAAUCCCCAGGCCCUGGGCCAAGUGGACGCCUCGCUGGUUCCAGUGGGGCUUCCAUAUGCCCCGCCCACAUGUACCAUGCCUCUUCCCCACGAAGAGAAGGCAGCAGGUGGUGACCUGAAGCCAUCUGCCAACCUCUAUGAGAAAUUCAAGCCAGACCUGCAGAAGCCAAGGGUCUUCAGUUCCGGAUUGAUGGUGUCUGGAAUCAAGCCCCCAGGACAUCCUUUCAGUCAAAUGAGUGAAAAGUUUUUGCAGGAGGUUACAGACCACUCUGGAAAAGAAGAGUUUUGUUCUCCUCCGUAUGCUCAUUAUGAAGUCCCUCCAACUUUCUAUCGGUCAGCCAUGCUUCUUAAGCCCCAGCUAGGAUUGGGUGCAAUGUCCCAUUUACCAUCUGCAAAGAGCAGGAUUCUGAUUGCAAGUCAGAGGUCUUCAGCGAGCGCCAUCCACCCACCAGGACCCAUAACAACAGCCACCAGUCUCUACAGUUCCGAUCCUUCAGCCGAUUUAAAGAAAGCUUCCAGUUCAAAUGCUGCAAAAUCCAAUCUCCCGAAAUCCGGUCUCCGUCCUCCCGGAUACUCACGUCUCCCGGCAGCCAAGCUGGCGGCAUUUGGCUUUGUCCGGAGCUCCAGCGUCUCCUCAGUCUCCAGCAACCAGUCCGGGGACAGUGCACAGCCAGAGCAGGGCCGGCCAGCCACCCGUUCAACCUUUGGGAAUGAAGAACAGCCAGUUCUGAAGGCAUCUCUGCCUUCUAAGGACACACCCAAGGGGGCCGGCCGGGUGGCCCCUCCAGCAUCCUCCAGUGUGACAGCACCCCGCAGGAGUUUACUUCCAGCGCCAAAAUCCACUUCCACACCCGCUGGAACAAAGAAAGAUGCUCAGAAAGAUCAAGAUACAAAUAAACCUGCUGUUUCAUCUCCUAAGAGAGUGGCAGCUUCAACCACCAAGCUUCAUUCACCAGGAUACCCAAAGCAGAGGACUGUGGCAGCUCGAAAUGGGUUUCCGCCCAAGCCGGACCCGCAGGCCCGUGAGGCUGAGCGGCAGCUGGUGCUGCGGCUGAAGGAGCGGUGUGAGCGGCAGACCAGACAGCUGGGCGUCGCGCAAGGGGACCUGAAGAGGGCCAUCUGUGGCUUUGAUGCCCUUGCCGUGGCCACGCAGCAUUUCUUUAGAAAGAAUGAAAGUGCCCUUGUGAAAGAAAAAGAGCUGUCAAUCGAACUUGCAAACAUCAGGGAUGAAGUUGCCUUCCAUACAGCAAAGUGCGAGAAACUACAAAAGGAGAAGGAGGAGCUGGAGAGGCGGUUCGAGGACGAGGUGAAGAGGCUGGGCUGGCAGCAGCAGGCCGAGCUCCAGGAGCUGGAGGAGCGGCUGCAGCUGCAAUUCGAGGCGGAGAUGGCGCGCCUGCAGGAGGAGCACCGUGACCAGCUGUUGAGCAUCCGGUGUCAACACCAGGAGCAGGUGGAAGAUCUCACCGCCAGCCAUGAUGCUGCUCUCCUAGAGAUGGAAAAUAAUCACACAGUUGCCAUCACAAUCCUGCAGGAUGACCACGACCACAAAGUCCAAGAAUUGAUGUCCACUCAUGAGCUUGAAAAGAAAGAAUUGGAAGAAAACUUUGAAAAACUGCGGUUGUCAUUGCAGGACCAGGUGGACACGCUGACCUUCCAGAGCCAGUCUCUGCGGGACAGAGCCCGCCGCUUCGAAGAGGCCUUGAGGAAGAACACAGAGGAGCAGCUGGAGAUUGCAUUGGCUCCUUAUCAGCACUUGGAAGAAGACAUGAAGAGUCUGAAGCAGGUAUUAGAGAUGAAGAAUCAGCAAAUACAUGAGCAGGAAAAGAAGAUUCUUGAGCUGGAAAAGCUGGCAGAAAAGAACAUUAUCCUAGAAGAAAAGAUCCAGGUUCUCCAACAGCAGAACGAAGACCUCAAAGCAAGGAUUGACCAAAACACAGUUGUCACCAGACAGCUGUCGGAGGAAAAUGCUAACCUCCAGGAAUAUGUUGAGAAGGAAACCCAGGAGAAGAAGAGAUUGAGCCGAACCAAUGAAGAGCUGCUUUGGAAGCUCCAAACUGGGGACCCGACCAGUCCGAUUAAACUCUCGCCCACAUCUCCCGUUUACCGCGGCUCCUCCUCGGGGCCCUCCUCUCCGGCCAGAGUCAGCACAACACCCAGAUGACGCCACUACACGGCCUGCGGGAGCUCCGGCUUCUCGUCCUCCGGUCUCCACCCUGAGGGAGCACUGACCCGGUGCCGCCGGAGCUGGCCCUGUGCGCAUGCUCAGUAGCUGCGAAUGCAUACUAGGCGCGUCCUCCUCUGAUCCCCGUGUAAGACUGCCCUGAUGUUGGCACUUAAGAACGUGUAAAUGGUAAAGUCUGAUGUGCAAACGUUUUACCAUAGUUAGAGCCAAAAGAAAGACACUUGCAGUUGUUCUUGAGCAAUGAACUUUCACUGCAGAAUUUCAGGUUAGUUACAAAAAGCUCAGUUUUCAAUAUACAUUGAAUAAUCAUUGUGUACUGCACCGAUAUGUGUGUAUAUUUAGAUAUACGUAUAUACACAUGCUGCGGUUCUGAAUUUCAUUUUUUAUAACAUGAAGUGCUGACAUAUUUUAGUGAAGGUCAGCAGUUUUCUAACUUGUGCCUAAGAAUUAUUGGGAAAUGAAAAUGCAUUUCUAUCUAGCUUCCCAGGAAUAUUUCUACCCAAAAUAGAAAAAGGAAAAAAAAAAGAUACAGAGAAGAAGCGCCUUUCAACUCACCACCAAGUGGUACUCUCUUUAACACGAACACCAGCUAUUUGUGAACGGUAACUGCCUUUGGAACAAUCAGCUUCUUAGUCAACAUGAUGUGAGAUCACUAUUAUUCCAUUCGCAAGUUUUAAUUAUUGAUACUCCUGUCAUGAGCAGAUAAGGGAGAGCAGUGGGAAACUCUACGGGGGUUUAGCAGUUUUGCAGAUGUUACUCAUGACAGUGACUCACCUCUAAUAGUCUUGUAAACACAAGUUUUGCUUUUUUCCUAAAUGGCAUCUCAGACUCGGUCAUUAAGCUAUUGUUGCACCCUCCGGAAAACAUGGCAGAGCAUGACCUUUGAGUAAGAGUGAGGAUGACCUUGCAGAUGACUGCGCCCAUUCACGCUCCAUCCUCAUGAAGGAAAUUGCUGCCAAGGUCUGUAUUUUGACCAGGCACAGAGGGGGAACAUCACUCCAGCUUUCCAUGUGGUUCACUCUGAUGCGAUGCUGUAAAUGAUCAACUCGUUGAAAUAGGACCCUCAGGCCCCCAUUUCAUAGCAGUCCCCCUUCAGUUUGGUUCUACAACUCAACCCCUUCACUGCACAUUGAGAUGGCUGAGGGGUUCUAGCAGGGGCUUCCAGAAAAAAACACCAUUUCUGUUCUGGGGGACCAGUUCUGAGCUGUGCUAGAUCAUCACAUGACCACCCAGAAACCCACUUCCACUUCCUGCUGGAUGAUCAGGCAACGCUACUGCUGACCGUGCUCCCAUCUUAGACCCAGAAGGUUCUCCCAAACAGAGGAGCCCAGUGAAACAGCCAGCCAGGAGGCACCAGCUCCUGGACUGGCAUCUGUCUCUAAAAUAGUAGAAUUAGGAUAUGAACAGUACUCAUAUAGUGGUAUGGAAGAUUAGGAGCAUGAUACACAAAAGGAAGAAGUAGUUUUAACAGAUAUGGUGAUGAUAAUGAUGCCCUUGUUUCCUGUAUGCGACAAAGACCCUGCGCUUUCUCCCUGAGACCCCCCAGAAUUGUCCAGAGCACAGGCCUGUCUUUGAGUAUGCCCAAGGCAAGAAGAACCAUGAGGGGGUCCUGCAGGGGCCGGAGCCAUGGAACGGGGAAGAAACAGCCUGCGGACGGGGUCGGCUUGUCCAGGGCAUACCUACUCGGCACACGUGUGGCCAACAUGAAGGCAGACAUGGUCCCUGGCCCUAGCAUGAGUCCAAGCUGGGCUUCCGGGCCUCAGGUGCAUCUCCAGCCAACCUCCAAGGGUCUUGCUCCUUCUGGGGAUGUACACAGUAAAUCCACAUGGAAACACCACCAUUUCUCUUUGCUUUAGUGGCUCUGCAUGAUACUGUGAUAUUGAGUUGGGCAUUCCAUUAGAGUAGAUCAUGCCACAUUGACUAAAUACACAAGUAUUUAUUCCAGUAGCAGGCACAACCUGCGAACACAAAUUCAGUUACAGCUUAGCUGUCCGAAUUAGGAACCGCUUACAUAGCCGCACCUGCUAAACGCAGUUACACAGCAAUACUGACUUCCGUGUGAUGCUAGAACGUGGUACAAUGUAUUAGGCUGCUGUGGUCAGAGUUGUAGCAUUGUUAGCACUAAGUAAUUCCUCAUUAGGUGGACUUCGGUGAGAGCUUUGCCCUAACCCGCCCUGACCUUGGGUACUUGAGCUAAUUUCCACGUGGCCCUGGCUUCGUGGUUUUUUUUUUCUUUUGUUACGGACACCCAUCAUGUAUGGCUCCUCAUCUGAGCCAUCACCGCUCCCGAAACACAUGGGGCGGCAGCUGCUGUGCCUCCUUCUCGAUUCUUCCACCCCCCACACCAUCAGAAUUUGGAUUUCUCUCCACGUGGCGUCUGCCUCUGUCCCCUUCCAGGCUGGAGCGAUGUUUCCACGUUCGGAUGCUGCAGCCUCCGCACCUGCCUCAGACAGACCCACCAGAUACCACCUGUCUCUUCAUGGCAUUUGGGAGAUGCAUGGGCGGCCUGCCCCCACCGCCGCCCCUGCCCACCACAUGCUGGGACAAGGUUCUGGCUGGAUGUCAGAAUGGAUGGGGGUGGGGGCAGCUCUGGCCAUGAUUAGUUGAAUGAAUGGGGUCACAACAUCCCUUUUCCUGACCCUACAGUUUGUGUUGCAUAUUUGUGUUUAACUCUAAAGCCUAUUAAAAUAAACUUGAGGGACUUCCUGCGAUAUCUACUUGAUGUAACUGGAGACCUAUCCCUCUCAGGCUGGGGAUCCCAGGCAGGGAGGCAAGGGGGGUGGCAUUUGCAGGCUGGACCCCUUUUCUGUGUGUGCCGGGGUUGGGUGAUGGUCCGUGAGAGAAGUCUAGAGACCCCCUCUCCCCUGACUCAGCAGGUCCCAGGUCCCUACGCCCACCCCUCCAGCCUGGAGUCUUGAGCAGCCCCUCCCCUGGACGUGGGAGCUCAGUGCCUCUGCUCUGCAAGGCCGGGUGCGCUGGAGUUGGCUGGAAGGAGGACAUAAAAGGUCAUUCACUCAUUUCGACCUGAAAGUGCUUGCUCCCCCCAUCCCGAUGGCCUUCAGUUUGGGCUGCAGCCGGUUUAGCCAGCUCGACCUCAGAGUGUCCCACAGGUGUCUGGCACCGUCACAAUGGAGACAGCUGGGUUCGCAGGUUCCCUGUGGUGGUUUUGCAGAGUUUGUGGGAGUGGCAGCUAUUUUAGGGAGAUCAGCAAGUCCCUCCUGAACAAGUAGUGAACAACAGACCCUUUGUAGACACACAAUUCACUUCCGGACCUCACAGGGAACACCCCAGGGCCACCUCUGGGUCAUCCCAGUGUAUCAAUGGCAAUCUAGUUAUUAAUAAUCUAUCUGGCCACGUGUCCUAACCUGUUUGUUUCUUUUGGGGUGUCCUGAGCACCCUUCACUUUCAUAAUGACCCCCUCCCAUUGUCCUUACCCUACCUUAUGCGGUAAACAAGGCAGGUGGCAGCCCUCCACGUAACAAAGGAGCAAAUGGGUGGCAGCCACCAGCACGAGCAGGAGGUGAGGUUAGAGCCAGCUUUCCACCAUCCAUGGAGAAUGGUGUCCCCUUCACCAGCUCAUUUGCAGUAGGCAGAGGAGACUCUAGAAGUCACCUCACUCACUGACUUCCUCUGUGCCAAGGAGCCCUGAGAGCCUGGCUCUCCCUUCGUGGGAGACUUGCAUCCCCCUAGCAAGAAGGGAGUUAUGGAGUUAAGCACAGGUGGAAACCAAAUGGUUGGCCAGCUUCCCACCUGUGAUUGGAGUUGAAGGAUGUUCUCAAAGCCAUUGCUGCAUCAGUGUGUAUGCUUCGAGCAAUGACUCUGGGAUUGCACCCUGUCACCUCAUCCAUGACCACCAAGCGGUGAGGAGGAUCCUGCCCACCUGAGAGUCUGUCAAACGCUUAAAUACACACACACACACACACACACACACACACACACACACACACACACACCCCACAAUCCCGAAGGCUGGUAAGCCAUUCUGGUGCUUAAGACAGAGCAUGUUAAUUCACUUAAAUUAAAUUUGCUAAAUACGUUUUUGUUAGCCAGUCUGCAUCUCUCAAACCUCUUGCCCCAAAUCUCAUAAAAUAAAACCAAGACAGACAUCUGGUGUUUCUGAGGGCCAGGCUUGGGUCACUCUCACCGCAGCAUGAUGAUGCAGUCCAAUCUUCCUCGCUCACUAAGUCGGGAAGUUUUUCCCAGUGCCAGCGCCAGGCAGGGUCGGGAUGCCCUGCAGCUCCGAGCUCAGAUGGCCCUGUCCCUUGUAUGUGUACAGACCUCCUGGGUGCCCAUGCCUCCUCCCUCUAAGGCACUCACACCACAGACACGAAGAGAGCACCUGCCACGCAGCUGCUGGCUGUGCAUAGCGGCUUCUCACAUGACUGCACUGCCAAAUUCACACGGCAGGCACUGGGCUUCGUCCCUCCUCCUGCACUGUGGGAACAGCGGUUCUGAACCAUCUGGCACUCAUCAGGUGCGUUGUUUUAAGGAGAAUUUAAAAGCAUCCAUGGCGAAGUCCCACCCAGCACAGCUUUUUCUUCCCCAUGCAGUCUCAAAUCCACUGGGAUUAAGUGCUCAGCCACACCAGGAGCCAAAAAGCUGUUCCCCUCAUCAGCAAACACACUGCCUGUUUCAUUCCUGAAGACUUUUCCUCACAUUGUGUUUUUUAAAUGGCUGUAUUUAUGGCUGAGUGGACAGGCUUAAUUUGGUAAAACUGGUGUUCCCUUUGAACCGGGGCUGAUGGGAUUAUCUGUAGUUGGUUCCAGCCCUCCCUGCUGCAGCCUCAGACCCUGCCCAGGUCUGUGUGGUGUAAGGGCUGGGCUGAAGUUGGAAGUCAGGCCAGCACCCCAGGCCAUGGCUCCACAGGCUUCCUUGUUGCUGCGAAUGCCAUUUGGGGGCAGUUUUUUAAUGACCAGAGGUGCUUCAUAACCAAACUGUGCAAGGGAAAACUUUCUCCAGGUGGUGCCCCUCAAGCCUCCAGCCUGGCAUCGCCCCACGGGACCUUGAGGAGCCACUGGUCAGGGUUUUUGAAGAGACUGCUCAAAGACUUGGCACAGCCUUUUCAAGCUGCCUGUGUGGCACCAAGCAGUAGCCACUAGGUGGCAGUGUGGCGCUGCAGGAACUGAGGUCCACCUUGCACUUGGCUCAAAGUCAUCCUUAGGGACCAGAGGUCGCCUUCCUAUAGGACACAUACAAAAAUCCAGGAACAAGGCAUGCCCCGUGCUUAUUUCCCAAUUCUGAAACCUAUCAAGCUCUCUGGGCUGCUUUGCGAAGCUGGCCCCUUUUGUGAAUCAGGUUCUGCAUCAGCAGAACCUCCCGCAGUAACUACACUGGGCCAGGCCAGAGACCACUCCCAACCUGUGUCCCAGGGGCACGCUGCACAUCUUGCUUACCCACCGCGCAAGCUCUGUGGUCUGGCUCUCAGUGUGGCCAAGGAACACGAAAUGUGCAUGAUGCUUUCAGGUGCAGAUGCUCAUCACAUAUUCCAGAUCAUAGGCACGCUGGGGCCCGGAGAGCAGCUCGCCUGCCUUCCCCUCCGCACAGCUCCUGGGUGUCUGCUUUCAGCACCAUCCAUCAGCUGACAAAACUCAAAGGUCAAACCUUAUCUUCUGGGCAGCAGAUCUUCUGGUAUAGCCGCUGUGAAUCACUGCCUUUUACUGUCUGGGAAUUAAGGCCCACUUGACUGAAUUUGCCUCUAGUGCAAAAAAAUGGAUCCUUUCUCAAGGGAGUUGAGGGAGUGAGAUAGUAACAAUUACCAGGAUAGCUACACUCCCCCACAGCCCCUCCGCCCUGCAUGCACUCUGCUCCCUCUAACAAACAGGAUAGUGUGUGUGCAGGCCAGCACAGGCUGGGGCGGCAACGGGCGAGGGCGUUUUGUUGCCGGAGACUAAGUCCUUCAGCAAAUGCCUGACAACCGGCAGCCUCUGAGCUGCUUUACCCCUAUGGCUUGGUUGGAAGGAAGACCUCUGUGACCCUAAAGCCAAAUUGCAGACAGUAUCAGAGAUCCAAAAUGGGGGCUCAAGGGAUUCUCUGGUUGAGGCUCAAAUUGUUGGAAUAAGGAUUUUCCCCAAAUGGCUACAAGAAAGUGAGAAGAUAGGACUAAAGUUACGGGCUGUGGGGGAGCAGAGCGGGAUCUGGAACUCUCCAUGGGGCACUGCCAGGCCUGGGUCCUAGGAGAGACCUGCUAGGAUUCUUGAGAUCACACCAUGCACAUGGAAGCCAUAGAAUUUAUUAGAAUUUGCAGAAGCAUGAGAUAAUGUACCACAAAAUAGUUUGAUUUUACAACAUAAAGUAUGGUAGGAAGUUGUCAAUGUACGCAGUGUUGUUAGCAAAAAGGGGAGGCAGGGCAGUUUCACAUUUUUUGAAAGGUGGUGGACGAAAACUACACUUGUCCUUAAAGUAAAAUAAAAGCAGGAGAGACCCAGCAGAGACCAACCUGAUUUGCAGUUAGCAUCGGAAACUAAAUCUAGUAUCACAACUUUAAGAAACUAUGAGAAAACUAUUAGAAAAAUAGAACAUCAAACAAGCAAAAAAAUAUACAAAUGUACAUAAUAAAAAACACACAACUCUUAAUAAUGGCUCCAUGUUCAGUAGAAGAAAAUAUUCACUGGAGAAACCACAGCUAUUCAGGUUUGAUAAUAAACCAACCCUCAUUGGUAUCAUUACCCUUAGUGCUCCUUAAACUCGUUGAAGCUGAAAGGCACAACUUAAGCAGGAAACUUAUCUUAAAUAUAUAUUAUAACUUCUCAAAUGGGAAAAUAAGUCCCAAACUUAAUAGUCUGUCAUCAAGAAACACAAAAUCAUUUGCCUUGUUAAUAAAUUAACAGUCUGAAUGCACCUUUCCAUCCUGCUUCCUGACCCUGCUGGACACACUAAUAAAUACCCUGAGAAAAAUCUUCUCUUUAAGCUUGACCAAGGUACUCCAUCUCCUGUGGGUUUCAGCUGGCACUCAGCACAUUUGUAGAAUGACCCAGGAG